AGUUUUGAUUUGCAAUCACUUAUUCGGUUUAAUUAAUGUGUACUAGUUAGUAUUUUAUGCAAUAUAGGUAUAGUGCGAAUUACUACAUAUUAAUUAAUUAGUAAAUACAAUUAAUGAAUGGAUCCUCGAAUAGCAAUGACACGCGAUGAAUGCAAUUGCCCGCCUAGUGCACCGUACAUUAGGGACCUGUAGCACUACUAGAGAACCACUGCUUACCACAGUUUGGUAAUGAAUUUUAUCAGAAUAAUUUAUAAGCAGCAAUUAAAAAGAGCAUUAGAGUAGUAGUAGUUUGAUAGAGAGAGAGCCAAAGAGUCAUUAGAGUAGUAGUAAUAAAGAGAAAGAGCGAGUGUAAAAGAGUCAUUAGAGGAAUAGUAAUAGAGAGAGAGAGAGAGAGAGAGAGAGAGAGAGAGAGAGAGCGAGAGAGAGAGGGAGAAAGUCAAAGAGACAUUAGAGUAGUAGUAAUAAAGAGAGAGAGAGAAAGUCGAAGAACCAUUAGAGAAGUAGUAACAGAGAGAGAGAGCCAAAGAUUCAUUAGAGUAGUAGUAGUUGACAGAGAGACGUGCCCUGUCUCCGUGGCUCUUGCCGUUGCUUCUAUCGACACAUUUAAAUUAAUUUGGAACCGUAAUUAGGUAGGUAUUCAUUUUUCAACUCAUCGUAAUGGUCAUAUUUAAAAUUAAUAUAUUAUAAGUAUUUUUUUUAUUUUUGUUUUGCACUGCCCAAUAGCAUAUUUGUUGCCACCGAUUCGCUAUUUGAAGGUUAUCUGGAAGAGAUCGCUUUAUAGCGAUAAGUCCGCCUGUUGUUACCUACUCAUUUAAGUCCUGUCUUUUUUUGUAAUAUGAACUUUUCUCUAGUAGUGCACAAUAAAGAAUUUUAUUAUUAUUAUUAAUGGUCGAAUUAAGAUUUCGUACCGAACUAUUUUCAUGUAUGCGCUCGUCCCAGCUCAUAUUCAUUUCGAUUCAAUACGCUGUAGUAAAAAAAUUAAAAAAAAGAACGGAAAAUUUAAUUAUCUAUAAAAAAAUUACCAAUCACGGGCGGCAUUCACGCGCGGGGGUCGGGAUUAGAAUUUCAGUUAAAACUAACACUAGUGAAAACUUAUUUUCACUCAGGCGAUACAGAAAACUAGUUUUAACUAGGGAAAACGCGUUUCCACUAAAAACUAGUAUUUACGAUAACAAAUAUUUAUUUUCGUUGUUACCGAUUUAUGCUACACGCAUUUUGACCAGUUCAUACCACCAGUAAAACAGCAUUAACUACACACCGAUUACAAUUGUGAUCACUUGAUCAGGUUUAGAACAUUAAAAAAUCGCACAAUAUUUUAUACGGAACCGGCUAUCUAAUGCUCGCAUUACAAGUAUUGUGGGUCGUUUUUGCGAUGUCAAGUAUGUAAUGAGGAGCCGGACAAGCGGUUUGGAGCCGAAGUUGCAUCACCCUUGUGCAACACGUCACUGGCUACUGCACUUAAUAUGCAUCGCAUUUCACAAUCUGAUUAAUUACCGUUUGGCGGGAACAUAAUCAUCUGGGAUUAUGACCUCAGGAAAAAUUUAGUUGCAUGUUUGUAUAUGAUUACAUAUAUCGACGUCAAAUAUAUGCUUACAUUUUUCACCUUAUUACAAAGGAGUAAGGUCCAAAAGUGUGCACAUAUAUUUGACGUCGACUGUAUAUGUAGAUACCUAAGUUGGUAUAUUUUAAAUAACGAGCAGCGGAGUGUUUAAUGCCCCCCAACUUGGUGGUCCGAUCUGGCGAAAAUGCAAGAUCCCGAUCGAAUGGCAGCAGUGCUUGACCGACUCGAUCUUUUGCGGAAACUGAUGUUCUGUGACUGACGUCCUUCGGGUAUUGAGAUUGAGACGAAUAUAAUAAGUUCAGCUAUGACAAAAAAUUCGUGUUUCUUAGCGAAGCACUGUGAUGGAAUAUUUUGAGGGUUUUUCAAGUAGAAAACUUAGCACACGCGCAUCUCGCGCCCGAAUAGUGUGUUUCACGCACCACCACCGCCGCCGCCGGUCGAAGCGUUUUUUUCAGCUGCAGUAUUCAAAUGGGGCGGCAUCAGCAUUGUAAAUGCAUGUAAAUAAUUUUCGGUUCACUAUAAAAGUGUAGGCGUUUGGUGGAAGGCAUUACAUUCCAAGGUUUGCUUCGGAGGUGUACUGUAGCGAACUAACAAAACAUACCUAGCGAUGUCUCGUUUUACGAUUCUCUUUGUCAUCGCUUUGGCGUAUGAAGCUUUCGGAGAAGGUGUGAAGAAAGACACCGUCGCUACUGAUUCCAAUGCUGAACAAUCGGGACUUUACGGUUCUAUCGCCAGCCCUGGCCUGAUCGGCGGCAGCCUCAUCGGUGGCCCGGCCAUCGUCGCCGGAGGCCCCGGCCUCAUCGGCGGUGGUGCCCUCGUGGGCAGCGGCCAGGCUCUCAAUAACGCCGCCGCUGUUGGCGCGGCUCAACUCAGCGCCCUCCACAACGCACAGGCCGUCCAGGCCGCUAACAUCGCCAACGCGGCCGCUGCCGCUAUACAGGGAGCCCGUGUGACCGAAGGCGCCGCCCGUGCUGGACAAGUGAACGCUAUCAACAACGCUAGGGCUUUGGAUGCGGCGCGCAUCGCUAACUUGCAGAGGGCUCAGGCUGCUGCAUACGAGAACGCUAGGGCCGUAGAGGCUGCGCGCAGCGCUGCUGCGGGAAGCGCCAUUGAGGCCGGCCGCGCUGCCGAGGCUGACCGUCUUGCCAACGCCGCCCGUAUCCAAGGUCUGGCUAUCGCUCAGGCCCGCGCCGUGGAAGCCGCUCGCAUCGCCAACGCGGCUCGCGCACAGGCGGCCGCCGUCGCCGCUAGCGCUGCUCAAGCUCAGGCUGUCGCUGACGCGGCCGCCAGACAGGCCCAAGCCGGAGCACUGCUGCUCGGCGCUGGCGGCGUCGGUGUAGUAGGCGUUGCGCCGGUAGCGGUCGGUCUCGCUGGUGGCCCUGUGGCUGUUGGAGGCCCGGUGGUAGGCUCUCUCGGCGGUCUCGGCGCCUACGGCGGCGGCUGGGGCUACGGUGCUGGCAAAUGGCACUAAACGAAAUUAAAAAAAGCCUCUUGAUUGGAUACACACACAUAGAUUCUACAUCCAUUUCGGCUUUCCCCAUAGAAAUGGUUGGCGGCAGAUCUCAACACAACACGGUUGGUCAUGUAAAUAUUAAUGCAAAUUUUAUCUUGUAUACCUUCGACUACCUACCAAUAAAUAUUACAAUAGCAUAGAG